AUGCCACUCGUUGUGAAAGGCAGAAUGUCGGAGGUAGCGGAGCAGGAGAAGAACUUGGGGAACGAAGAGUUCAACGCUAAGAACUAUGACCAGGCCAUCGUGCACUACUCGGAGGCCAUUCGACUCGCGCCGGGCAACCACAUCUACUACUCGAACCGCAGUGCUGCGUACGGCGCGAUCAACCAGUGGGAAAAGGCCGAGCAGGAUGCCAAGGAGUGCGUGCGCUUGAACCCGAGCUUUAAGAAGGGUCUUUUGCGCUUGGCCAACGCCCAGCGGCAGUUGGGCAAGAACGACGACGCCGUCGCGACCAUGGCCUUGGCCAACGGCGGCGCGGCGCCCGCCAAGCGCCCGAAGCAAGAGAACGCGCCGCUGCCGGCGUCGGUGCAGAAGGAGCUUCAGGAGCUUCAGCCGCAGUUCCAGACGCUGCACCGCGAGCUCGAGACGAUCGAGGCCAAGCUUGGCGCGUUCUCGCGUGAGAAGAAGCGCAUCCAGCUGACGAAGGAAGAGCUUAGCGCGCUUCCGUCGGGCACGCACACGUACGCCUCGAUCGGCAAGAUGUUCUUGGAGAUGUCGACGGAAGAGAACGUGGCUCGCCUCACGACGAAUGCGGCCAAGAUGGACGACCAAGUCGCGGCCCUCGAGGCCCGCAAGCAGUACCUGGAACGGCAGAAGGCGUCGCUCGAGACCAACAUUGCCGAGCUCCUCGCGCAGUGCAAGACGUCGGCAUAA